UGCGCGGCCGCGAGUGAGUGCAUCAUGGUGACGGGCGGACGCGGGACUGUGGUGGCAAUGGCGGCUUGGUCCACCUUAAACGCUGCGGGUGUGACUCUGUUCCUCUUGUUGGUCCUUCUUCGCGUCUCACAGGCUCAGACCUUCUUCUUCCCUUUCCGGCAGCCGGAGACAUGCGGCCACAACCAGUACUUCGAUAUCUCCGCGCUCUCCUGUGUCGCGUGUGGAGCCAAUCAGAGGCAGGAUGCUCGAGGAACUGUAUGUGUGUGUCUACCAGGAUUUCAGAUGAUCUCUAAUAAUGGAGGACCUGAUAUUAUUUGUAAAAAGUGCCCAGAAAACAUGAAAGGUGUUACUGGAGAUGGCUGGAACUGUAUUUCUUGCCCUGAUGGUUUAACUGCAGAAGGAAAAUGCCACUGUCCCACUGGCCAUAUUUUAGUGGAAAGAGAUGUUAAUGGAACGUUGUUGUCUCAAGCAACUUGUAAGCUCUGUGAGGAAAGUGAAAACUCUUUUACAAUAGCAAAUGCUUUAGGAAACAGGUGUGUCCAAUGUGAACCAACAUUCAUUAAUACCAGCAGGUCCUGUGUGUGUUCAGAACCUAACAUUUUAACAGGGGGAUUAUGUUUCAGCAGCACAGGGAAUUUCCCUCCACGUAUGAUUUCAGCUGCACGUUAUGGAGAUCUUGGCGUGUCUUUCACUUCAGAAUGGUUUGCAGAGUAUUUGCGAUCGGCGGCAGCUGCUUGUUGGGUGUAUGCCAAUCUAACAUCUUGCCAAGCUCUUGGAAAUAUGUGUGUGAUGAAUAUGAAUUCUUAUGACUCUACCACUUUUGAUGCAUGUCGACUGUUUCAGUUUAUCUUUGAAAAUACUGCUGGACUGGGCACUGUUCAUUCUGUUUCAUUUUGGAGACAGAAUCUUCCAUGGCUGUUCUAUGGAGACCAGCUAGGAUUAGCACCUCAAGUACUCAGUACUACACCUCUUCCUACAAAUUUCAGUUUUAAAGGGGAAAACCAGAAUACAAAACUUAAGUUUGUUGCUGCUUCUUAUGAUGUAAAAGGAAAUUUUCUCAAGUGGCAAACUUUAGAAGGAGGUGUUUUACAGCUUUGUCCAGACACAGAGACAAGAUUAAAUGCUGCUUAUUCCUUUGGAACAACCUAUCAGCAGAAUUGUGAGAUUCCUAUCUCUAAGAUCUUAACUGACUUCCCCAUGCCUACAUUUUAUGAUGUGUACCUUGAAUAUACUGAUGAAAAUCAACACCAAUAUAUUUGGGCUGUUCCUGUGUUAAACUUAAAUCUUCAGCACAAUAAAAUAUUUGUGAACCAAGACAGUAGCUCUGGCAAGUGGCUUCUGACUCGGCGCAUUUUCUUAGUGGAUGCACUAAGUGGAAGAGAAAAUGACUUAGGAAGUCAGCCAAGAUUAAUUCGAGUUGCUACCCAAAUAUCACUGAGUAUCCGCCUUGUACCCAACACAAAAAAUGGAAAUAUCUACCCUCCCUUAAUUACCAUUGCCUACAGUGACAUUGAUAUCAAAGAUCCCAACAGCCAGUCUGUGAAGGUUUCUUUCUCGGUCACAUAUGAAAUGGAUCAAGGAGAAGCACGUGUCCAGACAGAUAUUGCUUUGGGUGUGUUGGGUGGACUAGCUGUUUUAUUGUCUCUUUUGAAGACAGCAGGUUGGAAGAGACGCAUUGGGAGUCCCAUGAUCGAUUUACAGACAGUUAUGAAAUUCUUGGUUUACUAUGCUGGUGAUCUGGCCAAUGUUUUCUUUAUCAUCACUGUGGGAACAGGUCUUUACUGGCUUAUUUUCUUCAAAGCACAGAAGUCUGUCUCUGUUUUGCUACCAAUGCCGGCUCAGGAAGAACGUUUUGUUACUUAUGUGGGAUGUGCCUUUGCUCUGAAGGCUCUGCAAUUUUUGCAUAAGCUCAUCUCCCAGAUUACCAUAGACAUAUUCUUUAUUGAUUGGGAGCGACCUAAAGGAAAGGUUCUUAAAGCUGUUGAAGGUGAGGGUGGUGUUCGGAGUGCUACCGUUCCAGUAAGCAUAUGGAGAACAUAUUUUGUGGCAAAUGAAUGGAAUGAAAUUCAGACUGUGAGAAAAAUUAACCCACUCUUUCAAGUACUUACUGUCCUCUUCCUUUUGGAGGUUGUGGGAUUCAAGAACUUAGCAUUAAUGGACUCAUCUUCUAGUCUUUCCAGAAGCCCACCUAGCUACAUAGCUCCUUAUAGCCGCAUUUUGAGAUAUGCGGUGUCUACCGCUCUUUGGCUAGUCAUUGGAAUUAUACAGAUUGUGUUCUUUGCUGUCUUUUAUGAGAGAUUUGUAGAAGAUAAAAUUCGACAGUUUGUUGAUUUGUGCUGUAUGAGCAAUAUAUCAGUGUUUCUGUUAUCCCACAGAUGUUUUGGUUAUUACAUUCAUGGUAGAUCAGUACAUGGGCAUGCUGAUACUAAUAUGGAAGAAAUGAAUAUGAAUCUUAAAAGAGAAGCGGAAAAUUUGUGUAGCCAAAGAGGUUUGAUACCCAAUACAGAUGGUCAAACUUUUCAAAUUGCUAUUUCUAGCCAAAUGAGACAACAGUAUGACAGAAUCCAUGAGACACUAACAAGGAAAAAUGGCCCUGCUAGACUAUUGAGUUCAUCAGGAAGUACUUUUGAGCAGAGCAUAAAAGCAUAUCAUACUAUGAAUAAAUUUCUUGGCUCUUUCAUCGAUCAUGUUCAUAAGGAAAUGGACUACUUUAUAAAAGAUAAAUUGCUUCUUGAAAGAAUUCUUGGAAUGGAAUUCAUGGAACCAAUGGAAAAAAGCAUCUUUUACAAUGAUGAAAGUUAUUCUUUCAGCAGUGUUCUGUAUUAUGGAAAUGAAGCCACUCUUCUUAUUUAUGAUCUGAUGUUCUUCUGUGUUGUGGAUUUGGCUUGCCAAAAUUUUAUUUUAGCAUCCUUCCUUACGUACCUACAGCAAGAGAUUUUUAGAUUUAUUCGUAAUACAGUAGGACAGAAGAAUUUGGCAUCCAAAACACUGGUGGAUCAAAGAUUUCUGAUUUAAUUUAUUGACUAGAUAAAGACAAUUAUAAUCAUGGCAAAAACAAAGUCAUGAUUAUCAGGUUAGUUUGCCAUAUUUUUUAAAACUUGUAAUACAAAUUAUUCUAUUUUUAUUUGUUUUUUAAUCUACAGAUUUAUUUUUAUAACUUGUAGAUACAUAACUUGCUUUGUGAACAUGUAGUGUGAUACAGUGGAAAAUAUUAUUUUCCUAUUAUGCAUGGUAUUUAAUUCACCAGCUUAUAGACUAGAUAGCUCUGACAAUGGGACAAAAAAAAAUCUAAAUAUUGCUUUCAGCAUAACAUUUUUUUAAUGAUAUUCAAAACAGUCCCCAUCAUUUGUCUCUGUAGAUUAUUUUAUGAACUAGUUUUGCCUAUAUUUUCUCACACUGAAAAAGAAUUUUGAUUCCAAGUUCAAGCCUAGUUUUCAAUUCAGUAUUUUGUUUUACAUAUUUUAUGGUUAAAUAAAUGUUGAAAAUAUUUUCAAGUUUACUUAGAAAUUUGAAAUUGUAUAUGGGCUGAAUCAAUUUGCCUCAUUUUAAUUGUUCACCCUGUUUGGCAGUGGACUGAUUCACUAUUGGAAUAAUAGGCACCUCGUGAAAUGGUACAUAGUCAUUCCUUUGUAUACCUGUAUUAUUAGGUCAAUAUACUCUUUCCAUGAAGUAUGUUUAUCUCUCUAAUAUCAUUUACAUUAUUGAGCUGUAAUAUGUGACAUUUUCCUCAGUAUAAUUUUUUAUACAUUUAUUCAUUACUUAACAUUUUAAGAGCACUCCCAAAGCUUUGCUCUUCAAUUAUGUUUAAAGAUUGUAAAUAACAAACUGUAAGUUAUGUUAACAAGGUGAUUUAUUGAAAGUAAACUUAGGCUUCAUAAGUUAGUAGGCUAGUAUUUUUUUUUAAAAUAAGGAAAAAAAUAUGAGGAGCCAAAAUAUAAUUAAUGUAAAUCCUGAGCCAUGUAGCUAAUAGUUUUCUGUGAUAUUAUUUUUCUUCAAUAUGCUCUUUAAUAAUCCUUUUCAUUGUGUACCAUGAACUUGAAAGUCACCUUAUUUCAAGUAUAAUGGUCAUUAACCCCCAAAGCAACAUUUCUUACUGCCUUCUAUGUUAAUGUGUAAAUACUUAAAUGUAAUGCUAUGUAAAUAUUGUUUAUAUUACUGAAUUGAAAAUAUAGAAUAAAACAUUUGGUGUUUCUCUUUCCUGUUUUAUUAAUAUGUAUUUUAUGAAAUAGCGUUUAGGAAUACAACAGUAUUGGGGCGGGUGUCCCCAGCCAUUGCUAAAGCUGAAUCCUUUACAUUCUCUGAAUCUUGAGGAUGACUGAGAAGAGGGGAGGCUAAUAAGUUGAGGAUUUGAAACUCUGGUUUCUUAAGGGUCACAGUACAGAAAUGCCUUUCUAAAAGCCUCAGAGAUAAGUAAAUGUACCAGCAUGGAUUUUUAAAGCUACCUACUCAGAAGCUUAUGAAAGAAAUACGACUCUCAUUCUACAUAAAAGAAGUUAAUAUUCGUGUGAAUGUAUCUAAGUGGAAAUUUCAAAAAAUAUGAUCUGUUGGCUCACCUGCUGAUAAAUUAAGACAGAGAAAAGACAUUUAAAAAAUCAUUUGAAAGUAGUUUUGUACAAUAUUAUUUUUAUUUUGGUUAGAUACAUAAAAGGGUGUACAGGUUUUCAUAUACUAUUGACUCUUGUGUUCAUAUUUCCAUGAUUUAAACUUUGUGAUCAUGUGCUUAAUUUUCUACUAGACCCAUAAUCUUUUGUCUAUUUCUGUAAAACCAACCCACUGUACUUUGUAUAUUAUAUCCUUAAUUCUACUGAUUACAUAGAAACAUUUGAUAAAUCUCUUGGUCAUUUCAUAAUGACCCUAGGUUCACCUAGAGGUUCUUUACAAGCUGCUGUGUGCUUUCUAUCCUCCUUAUUUAUUUAUUUAUUUUUUAAAAUAAAUUUAUUUUUGGCUGUG